CCGGAAGCCAGGCUGGGCCACGUCUGCGAGGUCUGAGUGAGCUGUUUUGCUGCGCCACUGUGCGGACGCACCUCGCUUGUCGGGAGGACGCUUUUUGCUUCAGACCUAGACAUGGACCUGGAGGCUGUUCGUAAACGCUCUGCGUUCCAUGCCAAGCCCCCGGGGCUCAUCCUUCAGUACGGGACUGCUGGAUUUCGGGCAGAUGCCCACCAUCUUGAUCAUAUCAUGUUUCGAAUGGGAUUGCUAGCUGUCCUGAGGUCAAAGCAGACAGGAUCUACCAUUGGAGUCAUGGUUACAGCCUCACACAACCCUGAGGAAGACAAUGGUGUGAAAUUGGUUGAUCCUUUGGGGGAAAUGUUGGCCCCUUCCUGGGAGGAGCAUGCCACCUGGCUGGCCAGUGCUGAGGAGCAGGACGUGCUGAAAGUGCUUGCUGCCAUCGUGGAGAAGGAAGCCGUGGAUGUGCAGCAGAACGCCUUCGUCGUUCUUGCUAGAGACACCAGGCCCAGCAGUAAGAAACUUUCCCAGUCUGUCAUAGACGGGGUGACUGUUUUAGGAGGCCAGUUCUAUGAUUACGGCCUAUUGACCACACCUCAGCUGCACUACAUGGUGUAUUGCCGGAAUUCCGGAGGCCGGUAUGGGCAGGCCACCGUGGAGGGCUACUGCCAGAAACUCUCCAAGGCUUUUGUAGAACUUAUGAAACAGGUUUCCUACAGUGGAGAUGGAAGGAGAUUGGUUAAGGUUGACUGUGCCAAUGGCAUAGGGGCCUUGAAGCUCAAGGAAAUGGCACAGUACUUCUCCCAGAGCCUGUCAGUUCAGAUCUACAAUGACGGCACCAAAGGGCGCCUCAAUCACCUCUGCGGUGCUGACUUUGUGAAAAGUCAACAGAAACCCCCACAGGGGAUGGAGAUGAAUCCCGGUGAGACGUGCUGCUCCUUCGAUGGCGACGCAGACAGGAUCGUGUAUUACUACUGCGAUGAGACUAGUCACUUCCACCUCAUAGAUGGAGACAAGAUAGCGACGUUAAUUAGCAGUUUCCUUAAGGAGCUACUGCUGGAGAUUGGAGAAAGUCUGAACAUCGGUGUUGUCCAGACAGCAUAUGCAAAUGGGAGCUCCACACGGUACCUUCGGGAAGUUAUGAAGGUACCUGUGUAUUGCACCAAAACUGGUGUCAAACAUUUGCAUCACAAGGCUCAAGAGUUUGACAUCGGAGUUUAUUUUGAAGCUAAUGGGCAUGGCACAGCUCUGUUUAGUGAAGCGGUUGAAGUGAAGAUAAAAAGACUAGCCCAAGAACUAGACAAGGAACAAGGAAAAGCAGCCAGGACGCUUGCGAAUAUCAUCGAUUUAUUCAACCAGGCAGCUGGAGAUGCUAUUUCUGACAUGUUAGUGAUUCAGGCUAUCCUGGCUCUGAAGAAGCUGACUAUACAGCAGUGGGAUGCAAUUUAUGUUGAUCUUCCUAACAGACAACUCAAAGUUAAGGUUGUGGACAGGAGAGUUAUUAGCACCACGGAUGCCGAACGACAAGCUGUCACUCCACCAGGACUCCAAGAGGCAAUCAAUGACCUGGUGAAGAAAUACAAGCUUGCUCGAGCUUUUGUGCGUCCCUCUGGUACUGAAGACAUUGUCCGAAUAUAUGCAGAAGCCAUCUCACAAGAAAGUGCAGACAGCCUUGCCUGUGAGGUGAGCUUGGCGGUGUUCCAGCUGGCUGGAGGCAUUGGAGAAAGACCAUAACCAACUUUCUGAAGACAAACUUGAUAUCCUGGGGAAACAGACUUCGGUUUUUAUAACACUUUAUAAUACUGUUGGUACUAAGGCAUUUGUAAUCAUGACAUUAACAUGUCAUGCAUAUUAAGGGAUUAUUUCUAGAUAUGUUUUUAAAUGCUACCAGGAAAAAUAUGUUUAGAACCUCUAAAUCUUAGACUUAGGAAUGAAGCUUACCUCUUACUUUAAUCUGUAUUAAGUUUUAAUAGUUCGUGUGAAUUCAUAUAGGGUAUUAGGAAAUUAAACUUUACUACCAACUAACUCUUUGCAGCGCCUUUGUGAUUGCUUACCUAACCAAGAUGUUUUGCAGCACCGACCUACCUGAUUCAGAUGGGGAGAUUUUGUAUGAAUUCCCCAUGCAGAUCUUAAUGUGAGGAAGAAAUGACUGGCUUGUUUGUUUGCUUAGCAGCAUCAGACUGGCAGGUGGCCCAUGUCUCAUUGCAGGGACAGAGCUCUGUGCUGUGCCCGCUAGAGUGUGUGGUCUAGGCUUCAGCUACUCUUCAGUGCUCAGGGAAGGGAUUCAGCUCCAUCUUACACAUGAAGUCUCU